AGGCGGUCUGAUUGAAUGGCAAGCUAAUAUAUGUGCUGAAAGUCGUACGACAUCAUGUGACAUGGGCACAAAGGAGACUCGAUGUACUCGGAAGUGACGCCGGUUGCUGGAGGAAUGUUUGUGCGCAGUGAGAGCCAAGCAGAAAACAGCAGCGUCAACCAGAGACAGUGAGAACAAAAAUACAAUAACCAAAAGUUAACAUCUGAGCCUAAAUAACAGCAGUCGGAAACUGAGAAAUUACAACCUAUCUGAACAGUGUGCAUUAUGAACCCAGUGUACUGCCCUGCACCAACAGGGGUCCCCUAUGCCAAUCAAAAGGGACAUUUAGUAGGAUACCCAGCUGGAUUCCCUGUGGGCUAUGCAGCCUCCCCUGCCUAUGCCCCCAACAUGUACCACCCUGGAGCCAACCACCCAGCCUUCCCCACAGGUUACGCUCCAGGCACUCCUUUUAAAAUGUCCUGCUCGCCCACCACGGGGGCUGUCCCACCUUACUCCUCGUCACCCAACCCUUACCCCGGAGCAGUCUACCCUGUGAGAAGCACCUACCCCCAACAGAACCCCUACGCUCAGCAUCAAGGCACUUACUACACACAGCCGCUGUACGCAGCCCCGCCCCAUGUCAUACAUCACACUACAGUGGUCCAGCCCAAUGGGAUGCCAGCAGCCAUGUAUGCCCCGCCCAUGCACCACCCGCCUCGCCCCCACAACGGUGUUGCCAUGGGGAUGGUAGCAGGGACCACUAUGGCCAUGUCAGCUGGAACAUUGUUGACGCACUCCCCGAAUCCCCUCGCCCCCCACCAAGUCGCGAUGCCCACAUACCGACACCCAGGCACGCCCACCUACAGCUAUGUGCCCCCGCAGUGGUGAAGUGAUGGCACUGUCAGAAGAUGGUAGAUAUGCUUCGACACUCCCGUCCAGUGUUCUCCAGCUGGUGACGAUGAUUAUGACCCCCUUCAGCUGUUCUUCCUUCCUGUUUAUAGGCGUGAUGCGAAUCUGAAUCCUAACCAUACAUCAACAGGUCUGUUCAGAACGGGAUGAAGAGAAUCUUCCCACUCCUGACUAUUCCUGUUUGGAUUAACGCUAUCCCAGAAUCCUUCGCUCACUCUGCUGCAUCUCUUCCGUCAGAUGGCUACUGGAAGUCUCCUCCAUGCACACUUGUGUUUUGUGGACUGUCUUUAGAAAUGUGUAGUAUAACUAUUUUAAGUCGUUAAAAAGAGAGUUUGGAUGAGUUUUUAUUUUUUGGGAUCCAUAUCGAGGUAAAUGUGUGUGUGUGUGUGUGUGUGUGUGUGUCUGUGUCUGUGUCUGUGUGUGUGUGUGUGUGUGUUAAUGCUCGCUCAAUCUACCUGAGACAUGCAAAAUCACCAAAAAGAUUGAAUCUAAAGGAACUAAGAAGAAGAACUGCAAUUGUUUUAGCACUGAUAUCGUGUCUUAAUUUGAAACCUUAAAUGAGAAAGGGGGGAAAAAAAUAGUUUCAUACAAACAAACUUAAAGAUGGAAUCCGCAGUAGGGGGUGAAACGGUGACCCUGGCUGCCCCACCACUGUUCUGUGCAGUGGGUUUUGUGUUCCUCUAUUUCUCGUGUCAGAGGAGGAACAACAGUGUUGGUUGUUUUGCAGUGGUAAUAUCACAAACGGAUAUGGCUGUUUCACUAUUAACGAAUCCUACUCAAAGCCGUGCAGAUUUUUAUUCGACUUGUUUUUAGUAACGUUGCUGGCAGAGUGUUAUUUCUCCAGAUGAAGCUGUGUUGACAUUUUGUCUGUUGGGACAUUAUUUUUAUUUUUUUUGUAGUUUGGGAAAAAUUGAUUUUUUUGUUGUUGUUGAGUUUUGUGCCUCUGUGUCCAUUCCAACACUAAAUCAUUCUCCACACUCUUUGCCCAUUGGAAGGUGUUGUGGACACAGAGUUCCAUGUAGAAGUUCCAACGGUCUUAAACAGAUCAUUUCCUUUCCUCUUUGACCAUUUGUCCUAAGAUCCCCUACAUCAUGACAGCAGAAUGAUACGGACCUGUCGUGACGUGAUCUAUUACUGGUCGUAAAGGAAAGUCUUCUAUUUACAACUACUUGGACUCAGUACUGCAGACAAUGAGCGAUUGUGUAUAAUUCUAUUUUCAGAGGUUUAAAACACUGAAACCGUUGCAUGUACAGAUGUAUGUAUUUAUGUAUGUAUGCUUAUAUGCAUGUAUCAUACCUGAAUAUGUCUACUGAUUCCUUUGUGUCAUUGGUUUGGGCUUAACCACACCAAGAGCCACAAACAUUUCAAAUCAAUGCUAACCUGAGACAUUUUCCACAGGUUUGAGACUUUUAUUAAAUUAUUAAAUGUAUUAUAAUUUUCUAAGCACUACUGGAAGAGAAGACACAUUAAAUUCUUAUUUGAGACACAGUUUUAAGGAAGCCAGUACUUAACUGAAGUGAGAUGUCUCUCCCAAGUUACCUCAAGGCUCCACCUGAUUUAUAUCAUUGUCUGAGUCACUCGUCUAUCUAAGUCCCCUCAGUUACUGAAUCUGUUUUGUAAUGUGUUUUUGGGUUGUCGAGAAAGACUACAAAAUAAAUACUGUUAUGAAUUUG